AAAAUGGGUUUUCGGAUACGGAUAAAUAAACUAGAUGUAUUCUUAGUUGUUAUUGCAAUUGUGUUUAUUGUGUUUGGAAUUGUUACUUGGGCGGCAUUCUCUUCAAUUUACAGUACUCUGGUCAUAAAGAACCUACAACUAACUGAAAAUUCUGAUACCAGUCUAGGAUAUUCUGCAUUUCAAUAUACAAGUCCUCAAGUGGAUAAUAUAAUGAAAUUCUACUUUUUUAAUGUUACAAAUCCAGACGAAGUGAAAUACUAUUCUGCUGCACCAAAUUUGGUAGAAAUUGGUCCAUUUUCUGUAAUGGAAAGUGAGCAGAAAAAAUAUCUGGAAUUCAGUGAUGAUAAAUCACAAAUGUUUUAUCAAAAUUACAAAAAGUAUAUUUUAUCAAAAGAUUAUUCGUGUGAAGAUUGUGACUGGGACAGAAAUAUUGUUUUUCCGAAUCCACCAGGAUUGGGGGCUGUUGCUUCAAUGUUAGAUCCACAAUUCCAAAUCACAAAAACGGGAAGAACAAUUAUUGCAGUGGCUUUAACAAUUCUUGGUGAAUAUCCAUUUGUUUCUCAUAAAGUUCGUGAAGUUCUGUUUGACGGUUACGAGGAUGCUUUACUGUCCGCUGCUCAUUCAGGGUUCGUGACAGUUUUAUCAGGAAUAUUCAAAGGAGAUGGUGGAAGUAUCGUUCCAAUUCCGAUUCCAGCUAUGCCGAAAUUUGGAUAUUUUCAAGGGUAUAACAACUCAAGAGAUGAGGAAUAUUGGAUUGAAACGGGAAAGAAAGAUAUAAACCAAAUAGGAAAUGUUCAGCGAUGGGCUGGAAUUACAGAACUUCCUGGGGAAUGGUGGACUACUCCAAAGGCUAGAAGUAUUCGUGGAAGUGAUUCUGGAAGUUUCACUCAAAUGCACUUGGACGAGUCAUCAACUGCUGAUAUGUUCUUUUCAUUCAUGUGCCGAUCAUUCACAAAAACCUUUUACCAGAGGGAAACGAUUGAGUCAAUUCCAACAAUUGGUUAUCAUAUUGGGUACGACGAAUGGGACACCACAUCUGAUAACAAUGUGGGCUUCCGUUAUCGAAAUAUUGAAAAGAGAAACUAUUUUCCUGACUGGCCAAAAUGUCCACCAAAAGGUCAAUGUCAUCAAUCAGGCUCUAUUGAUUGUUCAAAGUCAAUUAAUUUCUGUCAUGCAUGUUGUGAUGGUUCCCUAUAUAAUGGAACAUACCUUCUACCACCUGGAAUGUUUCCACUUGUAUGCUAUCCAGGAAGACUUCAACCAACACCAUUUGCCGUUGUUUAUUCUCCUCCUCAUUUCCUGUUCUCUCCAGAUGAAGUACGGACUACUGUAGUUGGAAUGGCUCCCAAUAAAAGCCUACAUGAGCCAAUGAUUUAUUACCAUGAACCUUAUAGUGGAACAACAUUAAAAGUUGUAAAUCGUCUUCAAGUGAAUAUGCCAGUCAUUCGAUCUCAUGAUGUUCCAAGUAGUCAAAAUAUGCCAAAUGUUAUGAUUCCACUGUUCUGGCAGGAUACAUCACCGAAAUAUCACCAAUUCAUUUUUAAUGAAGUAUGGCUCGGAUUUGUAUUAGUGCCUCGAUUGAUGAGGGUUCUACAAUUUGUGGCUCUUGGAAUUGGCCUUCUUCUGGUGGCGAUUAUAGUUUUUCUUCAAUUAAGAAAAGGAAAACCGUCUUUGAUUAGACCUUUGAAAACAAGUUUCUUAGAAACGACAAGUAAUUGGUUAUCUUCGACAUCUUCUUCCAAUUCAAAUGAAAGUAGAGGAUUAAGGAGAAUGUGAUUUUAUUUGUUUUUCAAUGUACUUUUGCAAUAAAAUAAAUUUUAAUGUGUUCUAAAAAUUGUUGAUAAAAGUUGAAGCUUGUUAAA